GACGCCGACCAACGUUCGCGGUUCUACAAUUUUUCAAAGUAGGUACCUCACCCAUGAAGAUGCACUUGAUUCUUUGCACCUUAAGCGUUUUCACGGUGUUCGCUUACGCCGAUCCUCGCCUAGGACAUCUGAAGCAUAUGGUCGGUAAAGCGUUACAAGCGCUUCCGAAAAAGCUGCCAAACUCGACCUCGGUACCGUAUUGGAAAUACACAGACGUGGAUCAGUUCUUGUGCCAAAACGAGGGGUAUUUCCCGAACGUUUGGAACUGCAAGUACUAUUACCAGUGUAUCGUCUACCUGCCUGGCCAUAUAGUUCGAUACAUUUAUGAGUGCAACGAAGAUCUCGUGUACUCUGAUAGGGAUCAAAGCUGCAUUAUACCUAGCGAAGAAGAGAGAGCAAAUUGCAAUGCAAAGAUCGACAUGGAACAAGACGAUUCGUCCGAGCAGACUAUUCGACUAGAGUCGAUUGAGGAUACCGAUAUAUCUCUGCUUACCGAACAUCCGUUCAUUAUCGACACCACCUACGAUAAACACCAAGCCAAAACAACCACGAAUACGUCGGACUUCGCGGAAGGAAAGCUCAAAAUCGAUGCUAAGAACGUUACUGUUUCAAGCAUUCCGGGCAAGAUACACUACACCAAAGAUAUAUAUUUCGACAAAGGGACGAAUCACGACACAAUUACGAAGAUCGUCAAAGGUUCUGCAGAAUCUGAAGCUAAUAAAAUUACGAUUGAUAUUGCAGCAACCAUCGAUAAAUCUGCGGAACGUGAAACGAUCGCGAUUAACAUAACCGACGAAAAAUUAUUAAAACCUGAAGCGAAAGAAAUUACAACCGUCCCGGGUUCCGCGGAAACGACAGCUGUCGAAAAAAACAAAACCGCUUCUAUUCACAUUUCAGUUGAGUCAGACUACCACAAAACAAAUACAUACGUCGACAAAGGGUCGAAUUAUGAAACAAUGACGAAGUUCAUCAAAGGCACUGCGGAAUCUGUAGCCAAUAAAACUGUGAAGACCGUUGAAGAACUAAUGAAACUUAAUGCGACUGCAAAUGCAACAACCGUCCAAGAAUACGUCCAAAAUUAUACAAACCUAGAAGCGAACAAAAUUACAAGUAUCGUUCCAAGUUCUGAGGAACCUGAAACAAUCGAAAUUACGAGAACCACCCAAGAUUCUAUCGAAAUCACAACCGCCCCGAAUUCUACGGAACAUGAAACUGUCGAAAGUAUGAAGACCGUCCAAAGUUCUACGAAACAUGCAAAGAUCGAAAUUACGGAAACUGCCGAAAAUUCUACGGAACAAGAAACGGCCAAAACUAAAACUUUUUCAAGAAUCAAGGUACCUGAAGCAAUCGCAAUUACGAGAACUACCCUAGAUUCCAUAGAAACUGAAACAAUCAAAGGUACAACCAUCCCAAGUUCUACGACACCUAAAGCUUCUGAAAGUAAGAAAACCAUCCAAAGUUCAACGAAACAUGCGACGAACAAAACUACGGAAAGUGGCGAAGAUUCUACGGAUCAAGAAUCGAUCGAAAUUCGAACUUUCCCAAGUUCUGAAAAACCUGAAACAAUCGAAAUUACGGAAACCGCCGAAGAUUCUACGGAUCAAAAAUCGACAGAAACUCCAACUGUCACAAGUUUUGAGGAACCUGAAACAAUCGAAAUUACGGAAACCGACGAAGAUUCUACGGAUCAAGAAUCGACAGAAACUCCAACUGUCCCAAGUUUUGAGGAACCUGAAACGACCGAAAUUACGGAAACCGCCGAAGAUUCUACAGAUGAAGAAUCGAUCGAAACUCCAACUUUCCCAAGUUCUGAGGAACCUGAAACAAUCGAAAUUACGAGAACCACCCCAGAUUCUAUCGAAAUCACAACCGCCCCGAAUUCUACGGAACAUGAAACUGUCGAAAGUAUGAAGACCGUCCAAAGUUCUACGAAACAUGCAAAGAUCGAAAUUACGGAAACUGCCGAAAAUUCUACGGAACAAGAAACGGCCAAAACUAAAACUCUUUCAAGAAUCAAGGUACCUGAAGCAAUCGCAAUUACGAGAACUACCCUAGAUUCCAUAGAAACUGAAACAAUCAAAGGUACAACCAUCCCAAGUUCUACGACACCUAAAGCUUCUGAAAGUAAGAAAACCAUCCAAAGUUCAACGAAACAUGCGACGAACAAAACUACGGAAAGUGGCGAAGAUUCUACGGAUCAAGAAUCGAUCGAAAUUCGAACUUUCCCAAGUUCUGAAAAACCUGAAACGAUCGAAAUUACGGAAACCGCCGAAGAUUCUACGGAUCAAGAAUCGACAGAAAUUCCAACUUUCCCAAGUUUUGAGGAACAUGAAACGACCGAAAUUACGGAGACCGCCGAAGAUUCUACGGAUGAAGAAUCGAUCGAAAUUUCAACUUUCCCAAGUUUUGAGGAACCUGAAACAAUCGAAAUUACGGAAACCGCCGAAGAUUCUACGGAUCAAGAAUCGACAGAAACUCCAACUGUCCCAAGUUUUGAGGAACCUGAAACGACCGAAAUUACGGAAACCGCCGAAGAUUCUACAGAUGAAGAAUCGAUCGAAACUCCAACUUUCCCAAGUUUUGAGGAACCUGAAACGAUCGAAAUUACGGAAACCGCCGAAGAUUCUACAGAUGAAGAAUCGACAGAAACUCCAACUUUCCCAAGUGUUGAGGAACCUGAAACGACCGAAAUUACGGAAACCGCCGAAGAUUCUACAGAUGAAAAAUCGAUCGAAACUCCAACUUUCCCAAGUUUUGAGGAACCUGAAACGAUCGAAAUUACGGAAACCGCCGAAGAUUCUACAGAUGAAGAAUCGACAGAAACUCCAACUUUCCCAAGUUUUGAAGAACCUGAAACGACCGAAAUUACGGAAACCGCCGAAGAUUCUACAGAUGAAGAAUCGAUCGAAACUCCAACUUUCCCAAGUUUUGAGGAACCUGAAACAAUCGAAAUUACGGAAACCGCCGAAGAUUCUACGGAUCAAGAAUCGACAGAAACUCCAACUGUCCCAAGUUUUGAGGAACCUGAAACGAUCGAAAUUACGGAGACCGCCGAAGAUUCUACGGAUGAAGAAUCGAUCGAAAUUCCAACUUUCCCAAGUUUUGAGGAACCUGAAACAAUCGAAAUUACGGAAACCGCCGAAGAUUCUACGGAUCAAGAAUCGACAGAAACUCCAACUGUCCCAAGUUUUGAGGAACCUGAAACGACCGAAAUUACGGAAACCGCCGAAGAUUCUACAGAUGAAGAAUCGAUCGAAACUCCAACUUUCCCAAGUUUUGAGGAACCUGAAACGAUCGAAAUUACGGAAACCGCCGAAGAUUCUACAGAUGAAGAAUCGACAGAAACUCCAACUUUCCCAAGUUUUGAGGAACCUGAAACAAUCGAAAUUACGGAAACCGCCGAAGAUUCUACGGAUCAAGAAUCGACAGAAACUCCAACUGUCCCAAGUUUUGAGGAACCUGAAACGACCGAAAUUACGGAAACCGCCGAAGAUUCUACAGAUGAAGAAUCGAUCGAAACUCCAACUUUCCCAAGUUUUGAGGAACCUGAAACGAUCGAAAUUACGGAAACCGCCGAAGAUUCUACAGAUGAAGAAUCGAUCGAAACUCCAACUUUCUCAAGUUUUGAGGAACCUGAAACGAUCGAAAUUACGGAAACCGCCGAAGAUUCUACAGAUGAAGAAUCGACAGAAACUUCAACUUUCCCAAGUUUUGAGGAACCUGAAACGACCGAAAUUACGGAAACCGCCGAAGAUUCUACAGAUGAAGAAUCGAUCGAAACUCCAACUUUCCCAAGUUUUGAGGAACCUGAAACAAUCGAAAUUACGGAAACCGCCGAAGAUUCUACAGAUGAAGAAUCGAUCGAAACUCCAACUUUCCCAAGUUUUGAGGAACCUGAAACAAUCGAAAUUACGGAAACCGCCGAAGAUUCUACAGAUGAAGAAUCGAUCGAAACUCCAACUUUUCCAAGUUUUGAGGAACCUGAAACGAUCGAAAUUACCGAAACCGCCGAAGAUUCUACAGAUGAAGAAUCGAUCGAAACUCCAACUUUCCCAAGUUUUGAGGAACCUGAAACAAUCGAAAUUACGGAAACCGCCGAAGAUUCUACAGAUGAAGAAUCGAUCGAAACUCCAACUUUCCCAAGUUUUGAGGAUCCUAAAACGAUCGAAAUUACGGAGACCGCUGAAGAUUCUACGGAUCAACAAUCGAUAGAAAUUCCAAGUUUCCCAAGUUUUGAGGAACCUGAAACGAUUGAAGUUACGGAAACCGCCGAAGAUUCUACGGAUGCAGAAUCGAUAAAAAUUCCAACUUUCCUAAGUUUUGAGCAACCUGAAACGAUCGAAAUUACGGAAACCGCCGAAGAUUCUACGGAUCAAGAAUCGAUCGAAAUUCCAACUUUCCCGAGUUUUGAGGAACCUGAAACGAUCGAAAUUACGGAAGUCGCCGAGGAUUCUAUGGAUCAAGAAUCGAUCGAAAUUCCAACUUUCUCAAGUUUUGAGGUACCUGAAACCAUCGAAAUUACGGAAACCGCCGAAGAUUCUACGGAUCAAGAAUCGAUCGAAAUUCCAACUUUCCCAAGUUUUGAGGAACCUGAAACGAUCGAAAUUACGGAAACCGCCGAAGAUUCUACAGAUGAAGAAUCGAUCGAAACUCUAACUUUCCCAAGUUUAGAGGAUCCUGAAACGAUCGAAAUUACGGAAAGUGGCGAAGAUUCUACGGAUCAAGAAUCGAUCGAAAUUCGAACUUUCCCAAGUUCUGAAAAACCUGAAACGAUCGAAAUUACGGAAACCGCCGAAGAUUCUACGGAUCAAGAAUCGAUAGAAAUUCCAACUUUCCCAAGUUUUGAGGAACCUGAAACGAUCGAAGUUACGGAAACCGCCGAAGAUUCUACGGAUGAAGAAUCGAUCGAAACUCUAACUUUCCCAAGUUUAGAGGAUCCUGAAACGAUCGAAAUUACGGAAAGUGGCGAAGAUUCUACGGAUCAAGAAUCGAUCGAAAUUCGAACUUUCCCAAGUUCUGAAAAACCUGAAACGAUCGAAAUUACGGAAACCGCCGAAGAUUCUACGGAUCAAGAAUCGAUAGAAAUUCCAACUUUCCCAAGUUUUGAGGAACCUGAAACGAUCGAAGUCACGGAAACCGCCGAAGAUUCUACGGAUCAAGAAUCGAUCGAAAUUCCAACUUUCCUAAGUUUUGAGCAACCUGAAACGAUCGAAAUUACGGAAACCGCCGAAGAUUCUACGGAUCAAGAAUCGAUCGAAAUUCCUACUUUCCUAAGGUUUGCAGAACCUGAUACGAUCGAAAUUACGGAAAUCGCCGAAGAUUCUACGGAACCUAGAACGAUCGAAAUUACAAUUGUCCCAGGUUCUGAGGAACCUGAGGCGAUCGAAAUUACAACUAUCCCAGGUUCUGAGGAAUCUGAGGCGCUCGAAACUACGGAAACCGUCGAAGAUUCUACGGAUCAAGAAUCAAUCAAAAUUACAACCGUCCAAAGGUGUAUGACACCUGAAGAGAUCGCAAUUACUAAAACCGGCUACGAGCAGUCGGAAUGCUUUGUCGAAGCUUUCUUCGGCGAUUCCGAAAACUGUUCAAAGUUCUAUAGAUGUGUCCGAUUCGGGGUCAAAUUUAUGAAGUACCAAUUUUUCUGUCCACAUGGAACUAUUUGGGACGAUCAUCUGAAAACUUGCAACUACCGAGCGGCAGUCAAGAAAAUAAACUGCAAAGACAGUAACAAGUAUCCGCUCUUUCCAUUUGCCGAACAGAAGGCUGUGAAUCGUGCUGAUAUCUUGAAAAAUCGAGUAGCUUUUAUUUGUCCGACCGGUUUUCGGCAACAUCCAAAUUAUUGCAACGCUUUUUACCAAUGCAUCGUCAACGAGACCCUCAAGUACCAGUUGACGGUAUUCCUGUGUCCCAUAGGCUCGAUAUUUGAUCAGAGAAACAUCCGAUGCUCGAGAGAUCAAUCGAUCCGACGAAAUUCAUGCGUAAAUCUUGGAAUCGCAGAGAAACAGCUCUCUUCGCGAAUCCUGACACACUCAGAGAUUAAAAUGUGCCCAACGGAGGGUCUAUUUCAGUACGGAGGAAGCUGUACCAGCAAUUACUUUCAUUGCAAACGCGACCAACUUGGAACGCUCGAAGGUUACUUGUUCCUUUGUCCACGAGGACAACUGUUCUCUCCAACUGAGAAGAAAUGCGUAUCUUCAACACUUUUCCCUCUUUGCAAAUAUAUUAAUACACUUUUUUCUAGCAAUCGUUAUAUAUUGUAAUCGUACACUAGUGAUAUUAUAACGAAGUAAUAUUAAAAAAGAAUUGCUACGACGGCAAUGUUUGAAUUAAAAAUUUUUUUCAAAUA